AUGCAUAAAAUUAAAAUAUAAUUAAUAAUUUAAAUAACAAUAGUGGAAUAAUUUUAAAUCAUCAUUUACACUUGCUAAAUAUAAGAAAUCAAAAUAAUAACAAUAAUAAUAAUAACAACCGAUAAUAAAAUUAAUAAAAUCCUUAGAAUUAAAUUUAAAAUAUAAACUUAUACGAUAGAAGAAAUCAUUAACAAAAUAUCAGAAACAAAGUAUCUAAACCUCCUGAAAUUUAAUUUAAAAGAAUUUCUGUCAAUAUUCUUCCUAAAUUUUUAAUAAAAUUCUCCAAUACUUAUUUCAAAUAAUACUCUGAAAGUAAAAUGCAAUCAGUAUAAAAUUCACAUAGAAAAUCUGAAAAAGAUUCUUCUCAGCAGCAAGUUGAGGCAGAUAAUAUCAGCAAUAACUAAAAUAUUGAUUAAAUUAAUGCUAACUAAAAUGAUUAAAUAAGUUCUAGUAGCAGAAAGAAGUAUGAUGCUGUGGCAGCAGAAUCAUUAGCAACUUAAUUAAACUAAUGUUAGGGAAUUAAGGAUUUAGAAGUGA